CGAACAUGAAGGUCGAACUGAAAAACACAUCAUAAUGCUCAAAGCAACUUUGAUUCACAUUGAGCAAGCAGCAUAAACAAUUACGAAAAAUGUUUGUCUCAGAUCCAAACCAUGUUAGUCAAUUUUGCUAUAUACAUAUAUAGAUACAUGCAUACAUUAAAAUUUAAAACCAUCCCCCCAUUUUCGCUGGUCCAGAAAUAAAACUAGCAUACCACAAAGAGAGAAAUAGAGAAACAACAAACUCUAAUCUCCAAUCUCCAAUCUCCAAGCAAGCUUAAAUCAAUAGAAAAGAUGGGUUGUGUAGUGAAAGUCUUAGACGCAGUACUCUUACUAUUUUUCCUUAUAAUGUCAAUCGUUAUCCCAUUGUUUGAUGCUCAAUGUUGUUUACCUCAGGAAUUUUAUCCCAAAGCUUUGGUAGAUCUAAACUCGUGGUAUAGCAGAGAAUAUGGAGAUUAUUUAGUGGAUGAGAAGCCACAUUUCUUUGUGGGUCUUGUUUGGAUGGAGUUGCUCGUUCUUUGGCCUCUUUCUAUUGUCAAUCUUGUUGGUUUGAUUUCUGGCAAAUCUUGGUUUACAACUACCUGCUUGAUCUAUGGAAGCUCCGUCACCACCUCCAUGGCUGCAAUACUCUCAGAACUCGUAAAUUCAGGCAAAGCAUCAGACAAGUUGAAGAUGGUGUACUACCCAUUUUUGGGCUUAGCUAUGCUGGCGACUCUGCGUGGCAUGCUCCCAUCAUCAUUCAAGACUGCAGCUAUUGGCAAAAGUGCCAGGGUAGCUAGGAAAAAGAGGGCUUGAAGUUAUUGGCAUUGCAAAUACAGUUUUGUUUUUAAAACUGUGAUUUGAAUUAUAUUGCUCCUAUUCUUCUUGCUCAUGUGGCUACAAUAUUAGAAAUUCGAAUUUUCACAUAUUAGAACUUUUGCAUUUCCACAAUUUGGAUCGUGAGUAAUAAUUUUUCUCCA